AUGACCAGGGUCGAGGCAGCAGAAGCAGAGUCCAGCGACCUCUUCCGGGGAUGGGAUGCGCCGUUGGCGUGGAGUCGUAUUGGGCUCGUCGUCUUGGCGGGGGCGGCGGCGACGGUUCCGGCGCCGCGGCUGCUGGAAGCCGUCGGCGUCGACCUGGACGCCGCCGGGGGCACGGUGCACCUCGGAGCGGGGGCCAAUGCGGCUCGCAACGGGCAGUCGAGGCUGGUCGACGGCGUGUGCGGGAGCGAGGAGAGCGAGCGGCGCGGGCAUAGCCGGCGGUGUGCGUGCGACGUCGUUUUUAGUCCAGUCGGUCAUUAUUUUGCCAGUGCCUCGCAUGACAGGACUGCUCGAAUCUGGUCAAUGGAUAAAAUCCAACCUUUGCGGAUAAUGGCUGGGCACCUUGCUGAUGUUGAUUGUGUGCAGUGGCAUGUAAACUGUAACUACAUUGCCACCGGCUCUAGUGACAAAACUGUAAGGCCAUGGGAUGUUCAAACUGGUGAAUGUAUACGAAUGUUCAUUGGUCAUAGGAGUAUGGUCUUAUCACUGGCAAUGUCUCCUGAUGGGCGAUACAUGGCCUCCGGAGACGAAGAUGGGACCAUCAUGAUGUGGGAUCUCUCUACUGGUCGCUGCCUUUCACCACUAGCGGGACACAACUCUUGUGUGUGGUCACUUGCUUUCAGCUGCGAGGGAGCAUUGCUUGCAUCUGGAUCGGCUGAUUGCACUGUUAAACUCUGGGAUGUUGCGUCCAGCACAAAGGCCCUGAAGAUGGAUGACACCAAGGCUGGUUCUACGAACCGACUGAGGCUGCUGAAAGCUCUCCCAACAAAAUCGACUCCUGUUUAUAACUUGCGGUUUUCUUGGAGGAAUCUUUUGUUUGUAUCUGGCGCUCUCUCGCUAUAGGCUCGUAAGCUUGCCGUAUGCUCUCUAGAAUACACCCCUUAGUUUUGACUGUAAGUAGCAAAGUAGAUGUUUAAUUGGCUGGCUCUUGUUGUGGAGUUUAUUACAUUGUCUUUACUAAUCUCAGUCAACUCUAUGAUCGACUAGGUAGGGUUGUUAAACUGUAGCCUGUGAGCAUUGCGAGUCAUUGAAACGUGUAUAUUGCUGUUGUAACAUUAGCUAAUUUUAAAUUGUGUAAAAGGUAGUAGCCACAAAUAGGAAACAUGAACACUUGGUUGAUGCAAGAAGUCAAUGAUCCAAGAGCUUCUAGGAUCUACUUGAGGGUUGUUUUCACAAUAUCUUGGUGUAGGGUCUGAAGGAGCUGCCAUUUGAUAUAGUUAUGCGACUUGCGAGAGAAAAAAGCACGACCUG